AAUACCUCAUCAAAGCCUUCAUUCUUCUCCAUUAAAUCAUCCAUAUCUUAACCCCUCUCAAUCUCUCCUCCAUCAAUACUUCAAUAUCUUCUUGAGGUAUACACAUUUUACUUGCCUAGCUCGAUUAAUUUCUAAUACACACAACAUGAAGUAUCUUAAGAUAUUCUUUUUGCUAGCUAUGCUCAUGUCUUUAGCCAUUAUUCUUUCUGCUACAACGCCUGAGGAAGAAUCAUUCCUUGACUUUGAUAACGAAGAUGAGGAAAAUUCUGAUCUUCCACAGCUUGAGAACCAAGAAACAACUUCAUCUUUACGAGGGGCAAACCGCUUUCUGGCCCAGACCCGGGCUGUCAUGACAUGUGACAAGUACCCUAGAGCUUGUCGUGCUAAGGGCAGCCCCGGACCAGAUUGUUGCAAGAAGAAGUGUGUGAAUGUGAUGACAGACAAGCUCAACUGUGGCAUGUGUGGUAAGAAGUGCAAGUAUCCGGAGAUUUGCUGCAAAGGGCAGUGUGUGAACCCGAUGUCUAACAAGAAAAACUGUGGGGGCUGCAGCAACAAGUGCAAGAAAGGGAGUAAAUGUCAGUAUGGAAUGUGCAGCUAUGCAUAGAAAUUGUUCCAUGAGAUUUGUUUAUUAUUUGUAAAUGUAAGAGGGAUACGUACCCUUAAUUCUUAAUUUAUUUCAUGUUGAUCAUAUUCACUUGCUUGUGUAAGCAAGUUUAGUUUAAUUAAUGAUUCCUUUUUCGGUA